AUGCGCGAAACUACUGUGGACUCUCUGCUGAAAGAGAUAGAUAACGAAAUGGAACAAACAAAGUGCAAUGCCAUGCAGAAGACUGUUGAGGGGGGUUCCCGUGACUGGAAGCUGCCAUUGCAGGAUAUUGGCGACGAGACCAUGGAAAUGCUGGUAAAACACAACACUAGGUCGAAUUCUCAUGCGACAGAAAAGGCUAGUCGCAAGGGACAAUCAUCAUCUAGGAAGUCUGAUAUCUCCAAUGAAAGUUUUGGUUUGGACCUCUUGCGUACAAACUCCGAGCUUGGAGAGCCUUCGGAUACAGUGUUUCAGAAAUCACCUAAAAGUUUUGCCGUCAAUGGCUCACCUUGCCCAACGAGUUCUCCCAAAGUCCUCAAUAAUUUGAAAAAUAUGGCCCACGAUAUAGACGACCUGACACGCGAAGACGAAAAACCUGCAAGACGUGAUAGCUCUUCCUUGAAAUUCACAUUGAAAUCAACUCAACCGCUGCUCUCAUAUCCGGAGUCGCCCACUCACAGAAGUUCCAUUGAAAUCGAAACAAACUACGACGACGAGGAAGAAGAGGAAGAUGCAGACGCAUAUCUGGCACAAUCGCCUCAAAUAUUACAUUCUCCCUCAAGGAUCCCGAUAACAAACGCGGUAUCUAUCAACAAGUUCAAUCUCGAUUUAUCGUUGGGUGCCAGUGGGCUUAACAAAAGGUUGGCGUCUGGUGACUCUGCAGACAGUACAGAACACGAGCUGGAUACAAAAACAAUCCCUGAGUUACCAUACCGUAUGCCAUCUACCCCGGAAAUGACGGCUGUCGAGGAUGAAUGCCCUGGAUUACCAUAUAUUGUCAAGAAAUCGCUUCUGGGAUCAAGAUCGGCUACGGCUUCUGUGGAAGACCUAAAUAUCUCAACGAGCCUCCUAGAAACGAGUGACCGUAUUGAUGCUGGCAUCACGUCCAAUGCAGAUGCUAUCAUAGAGAAGGAUCUAGUGGAAGAUUUACAGUACAAUGCUAAACACAUCCAUGAUGCAUUCGAUGAAGAGAGACUUCUUGGCAAAAGUUACGAAAUGAAUCAUGAUCCUUCUUCCCAUAAUAACGUCACUACGCCCAACCAGGGUGUCUCUAAUGAAGCUGGUAAAAGUGCUGAACGAGAGUUAUCAGCCGCUAAUCAGGACCUCUCGGAGGAAACCUCCCUGUUACAUACUGAAUCUAAAUUUGGUGGUACUCAAUCAAAUGAUAUGCUUACUGUAGACGACAUAUACAAUACUGAAGCAGAUAUCUCAACAUCUACAAAGCCAGAGGAAAGUCUAGUUAAUGAGAAUGAAGAAACAGUACAAGAAGAUCAAAGUAUGCAAAACCCUCGACUGAUAAAUAAACACAAUGAACAACCAACAGCUCUCAAAAAUGAUGUGGCAGAAAAGGAGUCAAUCGAAUCAAACGACAAAAAUGAAUCAUUCACGAACUCUGAAGAUGCAAUUAACCACGAGCUCGCUCAUCUUGGGGAGCAACAGCUUAUUCAGAACGUAACGUAUUCAGAAGAUAGCGAAACACAUGACAGCCAAAUAGAUCUUGAUCAUGUAGAGACUGGUACAGUAAAUGGCCUACCAAAUGGGAGCAAAGAUGAAAAAAUCAAAUCAUCGUUGUCAAGUGAACACAUGCUGGCGAUUCAGGAUAAUUAUGGUGAAGAUAGAGCCGAUGAAAAGGAAGAUGAACAUGAACAUGAACAUGAACAUGAACAUGAACAUGAACAUGAACAUGAACAUGAACAUGAACAUGAACAUGAACAUGAACAUGAACACGAACACGAACACGAACACGAACACGAACACGAACAUGGAAACAUUCAAGAAAAGAAAGAGCAGGAACAGGUUCCAAUUUUACCGCCAUUGCCAAGGUGGGAAGCAAUUCAAUUCAGUGAGCCAUUCGCUGAUGAAAACGAUACCUCCAAUGAUUCCAUGGAUUUAACAAGAUCGAUGAAACCUUCAGAUUAUAUCUCUAUAUGGCAUAUACAAGAAGAAGAAAUAAAAUAUACUUCACCAGAAUCCGUUGCCAACUCUCAGUUUUCACACCAGUCGUCUAUUACCACUGCAUCCACAGUUGAUUGCAAGAAGGAGAAUGCUUCAACAUCUUUCAAAUUCAAGCCCAGAAUAGUAAGUAGAAGUAAGAUCUAUAAUCCAAAACAUAGAGUAUCGUCGUUGAACUACUAUGACAGCGAAGAUUACGUUUUGAACAAUAGUGAAUGGAACGCAUUGGAUCCUAUGAGAAGAAACACAAUAAUCUCUAAAAAGAUUCAAGAUAAUAUUAGGGUACAAAAGCGUCUGACUCCAUUUCUAAGUCCUACCAUCAUGGAAUCUCAAGAUAAAAACUCCAACUUCCAAAACCAUAUUUUUGAAGAAGAACAGGAUGAAAAAGAUGAACGGGAGAAGGAAGAACAGGAUGAAAAAGAACAGGAUGAAGAGGCUGCUCUGUCAAAUAUUCAACUGAGUGAGCAAGAUAUUACAACCAACAUUAAUCCAGUUGGACAAGAUUUUUCAAUAAAUACUCAAGAGGGACCCGAAACUUCUGUUCGUGAAAUAAAGAACGUAGGCGAUAUAAGCUUCGAUAAAGGUGAUUUGCUGUCUCUAUCCGUUGAUGAGGAAUUGGGCCAGGAUUUUGCUAAUUUUCUAGACGCAUUAGACCACGACUCUACAUCAUUCAAUCAUGCGCUAAAUGAGGCAGCCGGUUUCAACAGGGAUGAUUCGAAGAAAAGCUUCAGUUCUCUUUGGGAGAAAAAUUAUGAACUGAAACCUCCCCCUUCAGUAAGAAAUCAAUCUAUUGCGCCAGAUGUACUCCAAAAACUAUUGGAAUCAGAUGCUAAAAGUGACACUGAAUUGAAAAGCGAUAACGAAGAAGAAGUCAAUGUGGUACAUAUGGGUCUAGGUAUUGGGACGCUGAAAACACCCGUCAAAGAUGUAUCGGUUGCAUUAGCAGCAAGCAUUAGAGGGUACGAAGCAAGUUUUAGCGACUCCGAUUCUCAUUUUGGAGAGAUGAUCAAUAGUGACGUUAUGACUCUAAACAUGUUUGAUGAUUUUGAAGAGGACGAAAUGAGUCCUGGCACUCCAACUGGUGGCAUAAGCCCAGUCAAGCGCCAUAUUAGUAGCCCAUUUAAGGUGAUCAAGGCUGGAAAUAAAUCAAAUUGUGACGAAAUAAAUGUCAAGACUGAAGAAGAGCCAGAGACAGCCAAGCUAACGUGUACUGGCAGCUUAGAGUCAGCUACACCUCCGCCAGUAAUAGAAACAAAAGAGGAAAUGGAGACCCAACUUGAAGGACCAGGGGAGACCGAGGAAGAAUUUCCAGAUUUGGGAACACUUUAUUUAACUGUGAAGGGAAUUUCUACGCUUGCGCUGUACGGUACCAAGAGCCACAGAGCCACAUUUUCCAUUGUUUUUGAUAAUGGGGAAAAUGUCAUCCAGACUUCCUGGGAAUCACUUCCAUAUGACGGUAAUAUUAGGAUUAAUAAAGAGUUCGAAUUACCUAUUGACUUCAUGAAGAACAAAGACUCUUCCUCAGUCUCUUCUGGAGAAAGCAGUUAUAAAAAAUGUACUAUCACACUGAAAUGUAAAUAUGCGAAAGCCAAGCAUGAACUAGUAGAAGUAGUAGAUAGGGUACCAGUCGGAAAAAGUUUCUUUGGUAAGACAAAGUACAAAUCGGAGAAGAGAUAUGUGCAAAAAACAGCAAAACAAGAUGAAUGGGAUUACUUGUUUGCACAAGAUGGUUCGUUUGCCCGUUGUGAGUUUGAAAUUGAUGAAGAGUUUUUAAAUAAUGCUGCAUUCAGUAAUAGUCAUAUGCGCUAUGAUAUGAUAAAUAAAUGGAGCCGUAUUGCAGAUGGAAUUGGCGGCUCAGCUAGAUUUCAUGAACUACCACGCAAACCGCCUCAUAAAGUAGCUUCGUUGGAUGUGGAAGCAUGCUUCUUAAAAAGAACUUCCGCUUUUGAACAAUUUCCCAAAACAUUGUCAUUAGUAAACAAGAUUAUUUCCAAGUACAAGUUGCAAAAAAACAUUUACAAAGAAGGGUACUUAUUGCAGGAUGGUGGUGAUUUAAACGGAAAGAUAGAAAGUAGAUUUUUUAAACUACAUGGUUCGCAAUUGUCUGGCUAUCAUGAAAUCUCGAAGAAAGCUAAGAUCGACAUUAAUCUGUUAAAGGUUACGGAAGUGCUAUGCAACGAAGACAUCCAAACCAAAGAUGGAGAACGAAGGAAUUUCACAGAGUGGGUAUUGUUUAACGAAUGUUUCCAGCUGGUCUUUGAUGAUGGCGAAAGGAUCACAUUCAAUGCAGACUGCUCCAAUGAGGAGAAAAACGAUUGGUAUAAUAAGUUGAAGGAAGUUGUUGAGUUAAAUGCCUUCCACCAACCUUGGGUAAAAAAUUUUGGCGAAAUACUGGCUACAUAG